GAGCUGAUACAAGCUAGUGAUUUAGGCGGAGCACUCGAACACCUUCUUUGAGAUCCACAAGCAGACUCCGGAGAAGAUCGUAUGACAACUCUGAAAUGGCAUCAUCCAUCCAUUGAACGCGCCUCUCUCCGCUAAGUUGUGGUGCCUCACGGCCAGUCAAGGCGUCGAAGCGCUGGAACGCCAUCCACCUCUGCCCCAUGGCAGUCAGAGCACAGAGCGGACCGGAGCUACAGUACUGCGCAACGUGGUGGAAGUCCUCUUCGGAGAACGCCUCCGCAGUUGCACGUGUCUGGAUAUCGUCGAAGUCUUCGAGCGCGCAGAGCUGUAGGAGAAGGACGGGAGUGUUACUAUGCUGAUCGAACACGGCAAGAGUCGAACACGACGACGAGUGUGGCAGUUUCCAUUCAUGCUGGAUCCGAUAGCCUUGGUCCUGCGGAAACCAAUGCUGCAGGAUUAGUUCCCACAGAAUCAAGUAAUCCGAGCUGGGCCGCCCAUGCGAGAGAUUUGCUGCUACUUCAAGCACUACGUCGGGAUAGUCCGAGCUCGAGGGCCCCGGAAGUACACCGGUUGUCCGUACCGAUGUGCAGAACCCUGUGCGGGGAUUCAUCAGCAGACAGGGGUUGAAUAUGAGGGGACUUACGCGUUACGAUCUUCUGAGGAUUCGGAGGGGAGGUGCAUGGCAGUGGGAAGAAACGAGAUCCACGGAGGGUACUUAUUCUGAUGCUGUGCAUGACGGAUGCUGAGGAUGACUCGCAGACAGUCGACUUGAUUCCCUCCCGUAGAAGCCUCGGCUCAAGACACAACUGCUCACCAUGUGGGCCUCAGCCGCAGUCGAUGAGUUCACGGCCAAGGUUCAAGCUGAUUAUUCCUGAACCGGUCCGGGGUCCGAUGUCAUUGAUCAUAUUGAUGGCUUGCUCAAUAUAGUAACGCUGUGACUCGGUAAAGAUAGGUAUCGAUUAUCUGCUUGACUGCUACUAUCAUACCUGCAUGCCCAAGGUAAUUCUGGUGGGAAUAGGAGGCGCGACUUGCUCUGGAAAGACGACUCUCGCAAAACACCUCAAACUCAUUCUCCCCAACUCAGUUAUUAUACAUCAAGAUGAUUUUGCACCAGUUGAUUCUAUUUCUCCAUGAUCUCAUUGAUAUGAUCUAAUUCGACUUGACAAGCCUCAAGAGCUCGUGCCUAUGCACCCUGUCCAUCAGGUCCAAGACUGGGAUGCAGCUCCCGGCGCUAUAGAAUGGACCCGUUUAAUAGAAUUUUUACGCCAAGUCAAGUCAACAGGCGAAAUCCCUGAAGAUCACCGAAGCCAUGACCACCUCAACGAGCAGAAAGAUCUGCCCAUCCCAGUCGAAGUUCGGGAUCACUGGUCGUCAGUGUUCGCGAAGCUGCGGGACGAGCGCGUCGCGGCCGGUCAGGAAGAGAUCAUCUGGGGCCUGGUAGACGGCUUCCUUUUGUACUGGCAUCCGGAAGUCAUCGACCAAUUGGACGUGCGGAUAUUUCUCCGUGUUCCGCACGAUGUGCUUCGCCAGCGGCGACACGAACGACACGGAUACCACACGGCAGUUCAAUCCGAUCCAGAAGGCUCGCUAUGGCGCGAUCCGCCCGACUACUGGGAAAACAUCGUAUAUCCGGCCUUUGUCGAAGCGACUCAAGAUGUCUUUGAGAAUCGGGACAUGGAAAACGGAGCACCGUCUGAUAAGGUCACGGGGUUGGUUGUUCUCGAGACUCUAGACAUCUCGAUGGGCGAUGCCGUGCGCAAAGCAUGUGAAGUGAUAGCAACAUGUUAGAAAUACGGCUGGACAUAGAACAUUUAAUCAUCGACUCCCAGUCGGGUCGGCUUGAGGGAUCGCGUCCGGGGAAUUCAGAAAAUCAUGUGGGGCCGCUUCGGCAAAAUCGGCAAUAGCGGCCCGAGACCCAUGUGAAAUUCAAAUACGUGACAUGCGUUUGUGCAUAUAAAGGUGACCAAUAUUCAGCUUCGGGUUAGUCUCUCUAUCCUCUACUACCAUGUCUGUUAUCGUUGUUGGUGGCGGUCUCGCCGGUCUCUCUGCAGCACACACUCUUCUCGAGCGGGGAGCCAAUGUUGUUCUGCUCGACAAGCAGGGUUUCAUGGGAGGUAACUCUACCAAGGCCACCUCGGGUAUCAACGGUGCCGGCACGCAGAGCCAGCAAGAAGCUGGUAUUCCAGACAACGCCAAAGUCUUUUUCGAGGACACGAAACGCUCUGCUCGCGAGCUCGCACGGGACGACCUCAUCCGCGUCCUCACGGGCCGUUCGGGCGACGCCGUGAACUGGCUCCAGGCCAAGUUCAACCUCGACUUGUCCAAGGUCGCUCGUCUCGGUGGCCACUCGCAGCCCCGGACCCACCGAGGAGGCGAUGCCCAAUUCCCCGGAAUGGUCAUCACCUACGCCCAGAUGGAGCGCCUGGAGGACCUGGCCGUCAGCAACCCUGAACGGGUCAAAAUCUUCAAGCGGGCGCGCGUGUCCAAGCUCUUGAAGGACGAGUCGGGUUCUGUCACUGGUGUCGAGUACGUGUUGGGUGGUAAGACCGAGACACUGUACGGCCCCGUCAUCCUGGCCACCGGUGGAUAUGCUGCCGACUUCACGGAAAACUCCCUCCUCAAGCAGUACCGACCCGAACUUUGGGAGCUGCCGACCACCAACGGCGACCACUGCACCGGUGAUGGGCAGAAGCUCGCCAUGGCCAUUGGCGCGAAGGGCAUCGAUCUUGAGAAGGUGCAAGUCCACCCCACCGGUCUCGUAGACCCCAAAGAGCCCGACGCCAAGGUGAAGUUCCUUGCCGCCGAGGCUCUCCGUGGUGUCGGUGGUCUCUUGCUGGACAACACUGGCUCUCGUUUCGUCGACGAGCUCCAGCACCGUGACUUCGUCACCGGGAAGAUUUGGGAGAACAAGAAGUACCCCAUCCGCCUCAUCCUUAACGGCCCCGCGUCGAAGGAGAUUGAAUGGCACUGCAAACACUACGUCGGCCGUGGCCUCAUGAAGCGAUUCGAGAGUGGCGAUGCGUUGGCUAAGGAAAUGGGUCUCCCUGCAUCUGUCCUCAAGAAAACGUUCGCAGACUACAACACCUCCGUCCGCACGAAGAAGGAUCCGUUCGGAAAGAAGUUCUUCCAAGGCGAGUGGACGUUCGACGACGUCUUCCACGUUGCCAUCAUGACUCCCGUGCUGCACUACACCAUGGGUGGAUUGGAGAUUGAUGCGGAGUCGCGUGUCAUCGACGGCUCUGGCAAACCCAUCGCUGGUCUGUUCGCUGCGGGUGAGGUUGCCGGUGGUGUGCACGGUGCCAACCGUCUCGGUGGCUCGUCGCUGCUCGGAUGUGUUGUGUUCGGGCGUGUGUCUGGUGACUCUGCCGCAGCCUACAUGCUGCAGUCGGCCACCAAGGCGAUCGAGAAGGCGGGUGGCCGUCUCGGCGCCAUCGCUGGCCAGCUUGGUGCUCCCUCUUCCUCCUCUGCUCCGGCUCCGGCCGCAGCCCCGGCAGCGUCAGCCUCGGCAGCGUCGUCGUCUUCAUCGUCGAAGGAGUACACCAUGGAGGAGGUUGCCAAGCACACUUCGAAGGACGACGUCUGGGUUGCGGUCAAUGGCCAGGUGCUCGACGUGACCAAGUUCCUGCCAGACCACCCCGGAGGAGAGAAAGCGAUCAUGCUGUAUGCCGGUCGUGAUGCGACGGAAGAAUUCAACAUGCUCCACGCGCCGCAGGUCAUCCCGCGAUACGCGCCGGAGGUUGUGAUUGGCACGGUGAAGAAAUGAGCGGGCGCAUCCAAAACAGCAUUGUUCCAUCUCUAUUUAUCAUGUGUACAUUUGAGGAUUCAUGCUAGCCAGUAAUACAUUGACUGCCAGAAGCCGCG